CACACAAAAAAAGAAGCGACGCCAACAACAACAAUAAACACUGCUGCCGGGAUCGCGUCAUCUGGGUGGAAUGUUUUGAACGGCGUAGCAAUUAGCAUCCCCGCCCCAAGCAUCAUAGUGAAUCAGGCUUAAAACCGCAAAAACCUCGAAAUCGGUACAACUCCGAACGACUAACUAACUUAAAGUGCGGGUGUGUGUGCUUUUCGUGUUUUGAAUCCACACCAUAAUGGGUUGCUUCGAGAGCAAGCCCGACCAGCAGGUGCAGCCGGUUACGGUCCGAUCGCCGACCGACAUCUUCUGGCUGGUGCUGUACGUCGUCUUCUGGAUCGCAUUGAUCGUAAUCGCCAUCUUUUCCUUCAUCUACGGAAAUCCGCUCCGCAUCAUCAAUGGGUACGACUCGUUCGGCAACACGUGCGGCGUCCGCAGCAACGACAAGUUCUCCAACUUUCCCAUGUCCGGGAUGAACACGGAGGAUAAACCGUACCUGUUCUUCCUCGACAUCAAGGAGCUGCGCCACACGUUGAAGAUUUGCGUGAAAGAGUGUCCGCAGCGUGAAAUUUUGAAUGCGGCCGAACUGUACCGGUACUACGAGGAUCGCAAAACCAAGUACUGCCGGUACGACUUUAACAUGAGCAUGCUCCAAACGCAGGAUGCCAGCGGUGCAAAGUACUUUGACUUUAACGGGCCCUGCCCACCGUUUCCCGUGUACCAGUCGGCACCCGUACUGCACCGCUGCAUCCCGACCGGUGUUAAUGCACCACUGCAGCAGGUGAAGAAGAUGUACGCACUGAUCAACUCCUGGGAAGCGACGCAGCAAGUGUUUAGCGAUCUGUACAAAGCGUGGCCCACGAUCGUGCUCGUGUGUGCGCUGAGUUUGAUCUUUUCGAUCGUCAUGAUUGCACUGCUGCACUGGCUCGCUACGAUCGUGUCGUGGUUGAUCUGCAUCAUCGUGGUGGUGGCCAGCAUCGGCAUUACGGGUGUGCUUUGGUGGAGUUACUAUCGGGCGAAGCAUACGCUCGAUACGGACCAGCAGCUGUCCUAUCUGGAGGAGUUGGUGCGCAACGAAACCACGAUCUACGUGCUUGCGAUCGCAGCCACCUGCAUCAUGAUCAUCCUGCUCGUCGUUAUCUACUAUCUGCGGGAAAAGUUGACCGGGCUGGCGGCACUGUUCGAGGAGGCCGGCAAAUGUAUGCUUCAGCUGCCGGGGUUGGCUGGUCCGCCACUGCUCGCCUUCCUGGCACUUUCCCUCUUUCUCGUGUUCUGGGUGGUGGUGGUCGUUUGUCUGGCCACUGCCAACUAUCCGGGUGUGAAACCAUUGCUUCCGUUGGCGCAGCUCGAAGAAAACCCGUCGAUCGUGAACGAUACGAAGCUGAAACCGGAACUGGCGGGAAAGAACGAUACCAGCUUCAAAUCCUUUAAACUGGUAGAAUAUCACGAUGUGAAUGCGCUGCGCCACAUGCUCUGGAUCUACAUCAUCGGGCUGAUCUGGACGAGUGAGUUUAUCUUCGCCUGCCAGCAGCUGGCCAUUGCCGGUGCGGUCGCCUUUUGGUACUUCCGCAAGCCGACCGAUUCGCCCGUGCUGCUCGCCAUUGCCAAGCUGGUCAAGUACCAUCUGGGAUCGGUUGCGAAGGGUUCGCUCAUCAUUACGAUCUUUAAGAUUCCGCGCCUCAUACUGACCUACCUGUAUGCCAAACUGAAACGCCACCAGCAGGAGGGUUCGGAGUGUGCUAGCUGCUGCCUGCGGUGCUGCAUCUGCAGCUUCUGGCUGCUGGAGAAGUUCAUCCGCUAUCUCAACCACAACGCGUACACCGUGAUCGCGAUCGAGGGUGUUAACUUUUGUCCUGCUGCUAAGAUUGCUUGGAACGCACUCGUGACGAACGCGCUGCAGGUGGCCACCAUCAACGGGAUCGGUGAUUUCGUACUGUUCCUGGGCAAGCUGGCGGUGGCUGCGAUCUGUGGACUGAUAAGCAUCCUGCUGCUGCGUGACAAUCCCGAUCUCCACUUCUACAUGGCACCGGUCAUCAUCAUUACCGUGUUUGCGUUCUUUAUCGCACACAUCAUUCUGUCCCUUUACGAGAUGGUUGUCGACACGCUGUUCCUGUGCGUGUGCGAGGAUCGCACCAUCAACGGCAACGGUGGCCGCUGGAAGGAAAGCAACCUGGCCCGGCUGCUGGGUGAAGCCCCGGUAGAGGAGGACGCAGUCGAGUCACCGAUGCAGGAGGUACAGCUGACGCCCAUCACCAAGCAACCCUUCUCGGCGCAGUUCCUGCAGGCCGAGAUGGAGAACAGUAAGGCUUAGGGAUAAAACGGGGGCUCGUUUGAAAUUACUAUUCAAACUCACUUCUCAAACAAAUAUUUAUCUACCCAUUGGCGUACAUCAUUAAGCAUAAACUCGAGUAUUACGAGCGAGGUGUCUCAUUCGCUCAAGCAAAACGGCCCCAUCGCCAGGCUCAUGUUCACUACAAAGGUGCGCUCCCACCAUCGUCCAUCGGGUCCAUCCUUUUCUAGCCUCUUACUCAACACUAAGCUACUUAAAACCGGACCACGCACACACGAGUUCCGUAAGGCGCGAACAGGUCUUUGGAAGAUGAAGCACAUAUAGAUAGUAAGCGGCGUAGCGCAUUUACAUUAUUCGGCAUUACAAAACGCUCAAAGAAACACAAACCGAACCAACGAACUCUCUGACCAGGCUCGAAAGCCAAUAACUACUACAUCCUACAUUGCGAACAUGUUCUUCUUACCAGUAGAGACGACGACGACGACGUGCUUCCGACGCAAAUGAACGACAGCACAGCACCGGAAACUAUGAACGCUGCCAGCCAUCAGCACACUUUACUCAUUACAAAAAGGGCGAAAACUAUUUACAAGUACUGUGCUUACUGUUGCGAACGUUAACAUGCUCCCGGCUGUUGUUUGAAUGAUUUGUUUGUUGAAUCUUACCACGCGCAGGGAGUUUUGCGUUUUUUUUUUAUAUUUAGGUUUUUUGGAGUUUCUUAUUAUACAAGAAUUCUAUAGAGAGAAAAAAGCAAAAUGGAUGUACGUACAUCACACUAUUCUAUGUUGCUAAUACUACUGUGUCCGAAAAAUAAAGUGACUUUGCGUUUUUUUCUUAAA